AUGAAUUCAACAAACUCACGUGUAGCUGAUGAAAAUCUUUCUAUGUCAUUUCAAACUUGCGAGAAAAUUUGUUUGGGACCUAAAACCCCUUUAAAAGGGAAGUUUCAGGCUUCUCUUGGCGUGCAUGAAAUUUUUAGCCCUGAGACUUGGAAGGCAGCUUUGAUAGAAUUAGUGGCAACUGCCUCUCUAAUGGUCACCUUCACUGCCUCCAUUAUUGCAUGCUUGGACUCACAAGAACUAGAUCCUAAGCUUAUUAUUCCCUUUGCAGUCUUCAUCAUAGCUUUUUUGUUCCUAAUUGUGACAGUUCCUCUAUCUGGUGGCCAUAUGAGUCCUGUUUUCACAUUCAUAGCUGCUCUAAAAGGCUUUGUCACUAUUUCUCGUGCACUCCUUUACGUGUUAGCACAAUGCAUUGGCUCAAUAAUUGGUUUCUAUAUACUAAACUGUGUGAUGGAUCCAAAGUUAAUAAACACAUAUUCAUUAGGGGGUUGUGCUCUUGGUGACAAAGGACUCAAUUCUAGUAUUAAUCAGCACGAAGCUUUGUUAUUGGAAUUCUCUUGCACAUUUUUGGUACUCUUUUUGGGUGUCACAUUGGCUUUUGACAAAAAAAGGUCAAAGAAUUUGGGCUUGCCAUUGGUGUGUUUGGUGGUAGCUGGUUCCAUGGCAUUGGCAGUAUUUUUGUCUAUAACGGUAUCAGGUCGGACCGGUUACGCUGGCGUUGGUCUUAACCCAGCAAGAUGCUUAGGCGCGGCGUUGCUUCAUGGAGGCUCAUUAUGGAAUGGACAUUGGCUUUUUUGGGUUGGACCUAUCUUGGCAUGUUUACUCUAUUAUAGUGUCUCUAUCAACCUACCUAAAGAAGUUUCAGUUUGGGAUGAUGAAGAAUAUGUUGUCUUAAAGCUGCCUCUUGGUUCUUGUAGGACUAUUCCUAAUGGUGACAUUUUAAAUGAUAUCACAAUAGAAGGAGGUGCACAAGGCUAUCAAGUCCAUGUAUGAAAAGUGAUGAUAAACUUUGUGACUUUGUUGUCACUCACAUACUAGUAAUAGUUGGUUUAA